CUGCAUUUUUAAAUAGUAUUUGAAAAGGAUCAUGAGAAUGGAAAGUCUAGUUAGUAGCAUUUUGUUGAUUCUGCUUCGCCACAAACUGAUUCUGUAAAAUUAUUGUAGUUUUUAGAGCACACGUAUUUAUGUUGGCUAACAGACCGGGGACCAGAUAACUGUGAAUGAUGCAAUGAUACAAGGCAUUCUCUCCAGUAACACUUAAUUGUACCCCACCUGGCGCAUGAGACCAUGCUGCUCUUUGAAGUGAUGUCAUGGACAAAUGUAGGGGAUAUUAGAAGCUGAGAUCUUUAACAGAGAUUUCAUAUGCACCUGCAAACAGGCAUUUGUGUUUGGUCUUGGAAUUAAGACAUUAGAGUGCACUUUGGGGGAUACAGAUCUGCGAGUCUCUGUAUAAGUCUCAGCUUACCUGAUAGCUUUCUGUGCCACCAGACAUGACUGGAGACAAACAGCAUGGCAGCUGUUUGGACAGGUUGUGUGUCAGAGGUAGAAAUCACCUGGCUCCCAGCUGCUCUCCAUGCAGUUGUUUCAGCAUCUGGAUGGAGUCUGUAAAACUUCCAUUCUCGUUAGGGGUAAUAAGGCAAUAAGAUAACUCCUGUUUGUGAAGUGUUCAGUCACAGAAGGAUAGGGAGGUUGUAAAGACCAAGAAAUCCAGUUACCCUAGUUAUUCAUGUCAGGUACAAAAUUAGAGGCUAUUCUCUGCCACUCAAAUGUCCAGUACAGUAUUACUUAUUAAAUAUGAACCUUACAGUGCUUGGAUCCAGUCAUUGACUUGACUUUUACUGUCAUGUUUUCUACAACAGUCAAUAGCGAACCAUUUUUUUUUUUUUGAGUCUGUUCUUAAAACCACGCAUAAUGUUCUUAUCACAAAAAGGUGGUACAUCAAGUUGCUGAUUGCCAUGUUUGUAUGCAGAGUAAAUAGUUUUCUUUGGAAUUUUCUUGAAAAAACACUGCUAAUCAACUCGUAGGCUGAUUCAUACACAAGUUUGCAGAUUAAGAAACAUUCAUAAAGACAAAGUUCAGUUUAUGCUGAAGUUCACUGACGUUCACUUCCUAGAAUCUGACUGUACGUUGGAUAUAAAUUGCAUCAGUGAUUUGAAAAAGACUAGUGCUGUUUUUGUUUUGUUUUAUUUUUUUGAGAGGGUAGGAAAGGACAAUUAAAGGAUUCCAGCUAUCCCAGCUGUGAUAUCACCUGACCUGACUGACCUCUUCUGGGCCAAGACAUGAAAUUGAAGUAGAAAAUAGAAUGUUUAGAGACCUAGCACCUAUUUAGGCUGUUAUGUCCCUACUGUCUUCUUUAGGAAAUUAAGAGCUUAGGUUCCCUUCUGGGAUUUGUACCUGAGUCAAAGUGUAGAUAAGCCCAGUCAACAGAAGCUUAGAAUAGUCAUUACCUUUCCAAGGGUUUGUGUGAUAUUAACUGAUUAUGUCAUUUCAUUCUUCAGGGGCAGUGUGCCUAAACUAACAAAACUCCAUGAGACCUGUCUCUGCCUGCCCUGCCCUGUCUGCCUUGGCACAGCUGUUCUCAGGGUACUGCCUGAUGCUCUUUGGUGGAGGCAUCACCCCAAACCUGGUGCUUUGGCAUGUCCUGCAUCUCAUUCUUUGAAAAAUUCUGCCAGCAGAAUUUUUCCUAAGAAAUGCGAACAAAACAGUGGAUGCUGUGGUUCUAAUGUAGCAAAAGUGGAACUGAAUGAGACAAAGAUGUACUCCAUUGUAGCGCCUGCCAAAUAGUACAGGUCUGAAAAGGACCCUUACAGUGUUAGGCAAUCUAAAUAUAGGUUUGGACUGUGAACAAAUUUCAUCUGUGGCAGCUAGUGUGAUUAGGUUAUCUGUGUGUAGCUACUACUCACACAGCUUGGGAGAUAUUUAUCAAAGAGGUGUAGACUGGAGCAGGCCUGAGUCCUUCCAAGUCUCUUUAACAGGAGAACUGCAAUCCAAUUCAGCACUGCAUUGCUGCAUCGGGACAAACAAACUCAGAAAGUAAAACUACUGAGAUGUAUGCACACAAGCCCAGUCACCCAGCUGGAGGUGACCUAAUGACGCAUACUCUGAUACGGUGGUGUGUACCCAAGACAGGAGUUCCCUCAGCCAUUUGUGCACAGUGACGGAGUCACUCAGAAGUCAAAGUGCUGGGAAGGAGUCGAUCUUUUUUUGUUUCCCUAAUCUGGUUUUAAAAAAUUAGUAGGGGUAAGCUUUUUUCUUAGUAUUUUGCUACUUUUAAGAAUUGUCUCAGUGGCUGUUUGAGAAGGAGAGGAAUUGCCAUGGUUGGGAGAGUGACCGCCCUCAGGAGGUUCAGAGGACAAUGAACAAGCGUUAUCAUCAGGAAGAAGACUCUGUUGUAAGAAAGCAUUUACUUUUAAUCUGACUUUCUUCACAUGAAAUGAGGACAGAAUGACAACAGCAAUCUAACACAUGAUGAAGUAUACCAAGGAGAAUUUUAUUUUUUUACUUUGUGGAAUUAUAAUUUAUAUAGUUGAUAUAGGAGUGGAUUUCUGGGUAGCCAGUAAAUAUUUCUAUAAGGGACAAUAUACUUGGGCUAUAUUAAUAAUCAGUUUUAGAUGUCUUUCAUCACUAAUAACUCAAAUAUUCAGUUAUCAGUGGUUUAAAAAUGACUGUGAAGAUACUGAUCCUGAGAAGCUAAGAUGGAUUUUUCUGGUUCAUUUCUUUCACUGUGGAAUUUUUAUAAGGUAUUGGUUUGCUUUGAAGUAUGGCUGCCAAGCUGCAUUUAAACAAAACAGCAAUGGAGAUGUAUCAGAAACAGACCAUCCCAACUUCAUUCAAAAACAAGCCAUUGAUAUACUGGCUGAUAUUAACAUGCUCAGGAUAUUCAAGACUUUUCUGGAGACCACACCACAGCUUUUUGUCCAGAUUUAUGUACUCAUGGAACACAAAAACCAUAAUUUCUAUCAAUAUGCUGCCAUUAUUAUGUCUUUCUGUGGUAUUUCCUUUUCAACGGUUGAUUAUCAGGUAUCAUUACGAAAAUCUCUGCCUGAUAAAGAAAGAUUUCGUGUACUUUCCAAGUUGGUGUAUCUCUUCUAUAAACUGCUUACCAUCACUUCCUGGAUACUCAGUAUUUCACUGGUCACUCUACUAAGUGCUAGAAGUUCUGUAAUUCUGCUGAUACUUCUUUGGAGCUGUGGUUUUGCCUGGACUUUGAAACAACACACAACAUUUUGCAAGUCUAAGGAGAUGGAAUUUCUGUACAGAACUAUCAUUGGAAUCGUCCUGCUUUUUACCUUUUUUAACAUAAAGGGGAGAAAAACAAAAGUUCCUAUUUCUAUUUAUUAUGUUACUCACACCCUUGUAACUGUAGGCAUUCUGCUUGUAUAUUGGUUUUGGAAACCCUCUGUUGUCAAGGAAAUACAUUUUACAAUUGUGGGCAUCUUAACUAUUCUCUGUCUGGUGUUAGGUAUUGUUUUUCUUGUUGUUUAUUACAGGUUUUUUCAUCCUACUUGUUAUUGCAAACAACGGACAUGUUUUGAUGAAGUUGAUAGAGGGGCAGGAGACAAUGUGGAAAUUGGUAGAUUUCAGAAUUUCAUAAUGCAAUGAAGAGUAUAGAUUUUAAUGUAGACUUCAAAACAAACACUUGCUGAACAGUCUUUGUUUUUUGUUUAUUUUCACUAAGUAGCACUUAAUGGCCCAGAGUUAUUGGCUGUGAAUAACCAUUGUUUUUUUUUGUGGUGCUUUACAAAUCCUUUAUAACAUGAAAAUUUUUCUAUGUGCUGGUCAAUGUUAUUUUUUAAAAUAGAAACAAUUUAUCCCUCCAACCCAAUUCAUUGUUUUAGUUUUAACCAAUGCAAAUAAAACAGGAAAAGCUAAAAGUGAAUCAAAUGAAAGAUAUAA